AUGGAUCACUCCCAGAAACAUGUGGCCGAGGCUGGCCGCGGCCAUGCGCUAAUGACAACUGUGCGCUAUCUGAUGGGUUGCACUGGCUGGGUGAGCUGGCUGGACGCGUUUGCACUCCCAGCGCUGCUGGACGGGAGCGUGCCGGGGUGGGCGCUCGUGCGCGGGUCGACGCCGCCCCCCCUGCGCGCCGCGGAUGCCCUGAGAGCCAUACGCGGGCUCGCGGCGGUAACCACCAGCCUGUCCGACGGAGAUGCGCUGCUCUCGAUGGUGCUGCUGACGGAGGCGAGGCACGGAGCUCUCAGCUGCGGCGAGGAGCUCGCCGCGGCGUCGAUGAAGGCCGAGACCGCGCAGGGAUCGGCCGGGAUGGCGCGCGAGGUCUACGCUGUUGAGCUCAUCAAGGCGAACAGCUCUGCGGCUAAGGUAGAGCCAGCUAUCAUGGAUGUCUCCGUCAUGGCGUCAGUUAGGAAGUUUGCUGCAGCCUUCCGGGAAAAACACGAUCUUCUGGACAUACUUGUCGCGAACGCUGGCAUCGCACAUUCUGGCCCGCAGGCUCGAACAAUUGAAGGCAUCGAGCCAAUAUUUGCCACCAACCAUGUUGGCCAUCAGCUUCUCUAUACGCUGCUGGAAGACCUGAUCCAGUCCGCCGCGGAUAAGAAAGGAGAUGCACGCGUUGUUGCUGUAUCUUCUGGGGCUCACUUCGAAGCGAAGCAGGGCUGCGCCAUUACAGAGGCAGAUCUGCACGCCCUGUACGACGCAGAGGAGCCAUUCAAGAUGGGCGCUUACGCGCGGUCAAAGCUGGCAAACGUGCUUUUCGCGAGGGAAGUGGCCGCCAGAAACGCUCAGAGGCAUGUCUUCUCAAACAGCGUGCAUCCGGGAGUUGUGCACACCGAGAUAUGGAACAAGACGAACCAAGAUGAUAGGGAGCACGGCCCCAUUGUCCAAGUGUUCAUAAAUAUUGUAGAGUACUUCAAGGAAUCGAUGUGGACGUCCGAAGAGGGUGCUCUCACGCAG